GAGUUACGCUUUUGUUUUGCAGGAUUCAUUGUCGUGUUAAUUGAUUCUUUUUUUCUUCUGGAUUAUUUCCGAGUUUUUCUAUCACUAUCCGUUUCAAUUGCGGUUUUGCUUCACCGUAAAUCCUCUGUUUCUGUGCUUCUUUGGGCUAUGUGGCUGUGUUUCGUAACUUCAUCUGGAUUCCGGCUGAUGCUGUGGAGCUUCGUUUGAUGGUAAUGUAGGUUGUUCUCUUGAAGCGCUUAGGGAUUUGGAGUGAGAGGAAGUUACUGGUGCUUACCGAGAAGUUUUAGUUCAUGAAAAUGUUCGGGUUUCGAAGACGAAUGAAGCUCGGAAGAUUGAAAGUCCAGCUUUCGGAUCCUGCUCAGGGAACUAGGAGUCCUAUAAGACACCCCAAACGAGUGACCAGCUCUAAUACUGAAUGUGCUGCUGCACCUACAAGUAGGCAGUCUGAAGAGCAUGAUGGCCAACGUGCUUCUGACGUUCCUCAUACCAGUAUUGGUGCUUUGGGACAGUCUGAGAAUUGGAUGGUCUUGUCAAUUGCAGGGGAAAAACCAGCUCCUCGUUUCAAUCAUGCAGCAACUGUUAUUGGAAAUAAGAUGAUUGUUGUUGGUGGCGAAUCUGGGAAUAGGUUAUUGGAUGAUGUACAGGUGCUUAAUUUUGAUAAAUAUACCUGGAGCACAGCCUCAUCAAAGCUUUACUUAUCACCUAGCUCACUGCCAUUGAAGAUCCCUGCAUGCAAGGGUCACAGUCUGGUUUCAUGGGGGAAGACAGCUCUCCUGGUUGGGGGCAAGACAGAGCCAGGAAAUGAGAGAAUUGCAGUCUGGGCAUUUGACACAGAGACAGAAUGUUGGUCGCUGAUGGAAGCCAAGGGAGAUAUACCUGUUUCUAGAAGUGGUCACACUGUAGUUAGAGCUAGCUCUGUCUUAAUCCUCUUUGGUGGUGAAGAUAGUCGGAGGAGGAAACUCAACGACCUUCACAUGUUUGACCUUAAAUCGUUUACCUGGCUCCCUCUACAUUGCACAGGAACAGGACCAUCUGCAAGAUCCAACCAUGUGGCCGCUCUUUAUGAUGAUAAAACACUACUUAUAUUUGGAGGGACAUCAAAAUCCCGGACCCUGAAUGAUUUAUACUCACUUGACUUUGAGACAAUGGUGUGGUCAAGAAUAAAGGUACGGGGUUUCCAUCCAUCACCUAGAGCUGGUUGCUGUGGUGUUCUCUGUGGAACUAGAUGGUGCAUAGCAGGGGGUGGAAGCAGGAAAAAAAGACAUACAGACACCUUAAUCUUUGAUGUACUGAAACAUGAGUGGUCUGUUGCUGUCACGUCUCCUCCAUCUUCUGUCACCACCAAUAAGGGUUUCAGCUUAGUGCUCGUGCAGCACAAGGAGAAAGAUUUACUUCUUCUUGCAUUUGGGGGAUCCAAAAAGGAGCCAUCAAAUCAGGUUGAAGUAUUGACCAUGGAAAAGAAAGAACCAUCCUUUAGGCACCGAUCCAAUCCUAUUGACCCGACUGCUAGACAAAAUCUAGCAUCUGCUAUUGGACACGGUUCUGGAAGAAAAUCCAUCUCAGAGUUCGCACUUAUUGAUCCAAGUCCUGUUCCUGGAAAUAUUUCACUGCGCAAGCAAUUUAAUAAUGAUGAAGCCUUUGACAAAACUACUAAGAUAACCAAGACUCCAGAAGAUGAUUCCUCUACUUCUCAGGCAACAGAAAACAAGAUAACUCAAUCUGGAAGUGAAUUCCACGGGGAGACACUACCUUCUGUAUACGAAUAUGACAGUUCAAAUCCCUUCAAGGAGGGAGUUGGAUAUCAUCCCAUGGAUAACACUGAUCUAUUCAGCGACAACAGUGGCAAAGUAGUAACAUCAUCCACUUUUUCGAGCAUAUAUCAGUUCUAUGAAGCGAAAAUGGCGGCAUUGAUUAGAAAGAAUGGAGUUCUCGAAGGGCAAUUAGCAGCAGCCAUGGCAAGUCGAGAAGCUGUGGAGAAGAAUUUAUCUUCUGCUCUAAAGAUCCGGCAGGAGAUGGAGAAAAGAAUAGCUGAUAUGAUAAAGGAGAUGGAAAUGCUGAGAGAUAAGCUAGCAGGAGUAGAAAUAGCAAAAGAAGAGGCCAACAGCCUGUCAAACAUCGUCCACUCUGACAAUGUCCGCCUUGAACAUGAUGUUGCUUUCCUCAAAGCAGUUUUGGAUGACACCCAGAAGGAGCUUCAUUCUACUAGAGGAGUCCUUGCUGGAGAAAGGGCCAGGGCUUUCCAACUUCAGGUUGAAGUAUUCCAUCUAAAGCAAAGAUUGCAGUCCAUGGAGAACCGAGCACCGACGCCGAGGAAACCGUUCCAUAUGUAGGAAUGAAAUUCUAACGACCUGAAUCGGUAAGAAGAUCAUGGUAGGCUUCUGUAAAUUUAGAUGAUUCCAAUUCUAGAUGGAGAGAUUUUUGUUAGGGAUGUAGUAACAUUCUGAAAUCAGAGCUUAUAGGAAUCCGUUUCCCCCCUUGAGGCA